AUGGCUGCCUCCAUGCCCCUGUUCCUCUCUGGCAUCAUGAUCUUCAGCAUCUCCUUGUACUUGCUCCACAAGAGGCUGCAGGCUGAGAUAGGGACCACUCAUCAACACCAACUCAGGAACCUCACCAUUCUGCUGUGGCACUGGCCCUUCAGCUGCCCCUACAGCCUGGAGGGAGACGUUUGCAGUGACGAGUAUGGUAUCCCAGGCUGCCUCCUCAGUGACAACACCUCCCUGUACCCUCAGGCAGACGUGGUGGUCUUCCACCACCAUGAGCUGAGGACGGGUCGCUCCGCCCUGCCUCUCCAUCUCCCACGGCCGGCCUCCCAGCGCUGGCUCUGGCUCUCCCUGGAGCCCCCGGUGAACAACGGCAACCUGACCCAAUACAAAGGACUGUUCAACUGGACCAUGAGCUACCGAGCAGACGCUGAUGUACCAAUGCCCUAUGGGAAGACGGUUGAAGUUCCACCAAACAGCAACAGCAGCAGCUAUGUGAUCCCUAAGAAAGGGGCUUGCCUGGCCAGCUGGGUGGUCAGCAACUACAGCCCUGACCAUGCCAGGAGUCAAGUCUACCAGAGCCUAAGGAAGUACAUUCCUAUAGAGGUGUAUGGCCACUGGCUAAAGAGGCCACUGACUGACCAAAGUCUGAUACCCACCAUUGGCCGCUGUAACUUCUACCUGGCCUUUGAGAAUUCGGUGGCCAUAGACUACAUCACUGAGAAGCUGUGGAGGAAUGCCUACCAAGCAGGGGCAGUACCCGUGGUUCUGGGGCCCUCUCGGUCUAACUAUGAGGCCUUGGUGCCCUCAGGCUCGUUCAUCCAUGUCAGUGACUUCAACAGCACAGAGCGGCUGGCUGCCUUCCUACAGCAGCUGGCCACAGACAGAGGGCGUUAUGAGGCUUACUUCAUGUGGCGUCAGACCCAUGAAAUCAAGACAUACACAGACUGGAGAGAGAGGCUCUGUAAUAUCUGUAUCAUCUAUCACAGACUGCCAGCUAAAAAGGUGUACUAUGAUCUGGAUGGAUGGGCCAAUAGAUAA